AUGAGUUCGGAUGACUUUCCUACUCCGGGCUGGGAGGAGCGGUUUCCCGAGCCCCUGAAAUUUUUGCCGGUGGCCUUCAUCGUGGCAAUGAUCGUUGGCCUCUACUCGAUAUAUGUGACCUUCCAUUUGAAGCCGCGGAUGGAGGAUCCUGGCAGCAGCGGCAGUGCAUAUUUUGACGCCUUCAUCUUUCAUUUGGUGACCUUCAUGCUGGUCUUUUGCUACAUUCUUUGCGUCUUUGUACAUCCAGGGACAAUCCCUGACAAGGAGGAGGACCCAUCUUGGGAGUAUGAUGAGGCCGAGGGGCCGCAACCAAUCGCAGCUGAUUUCCUGCUGAACAUGCAGGCGUGGCGUGCCGGAGAGCCUUCCAAAUAG